AUGAUAGCCAAUAUUUGUAAAUAAUUUUUAAACAUUUUCAUUAUUGGACCUGUUUGUUUAUUAUUGUUAAUUAUUAAUUGUCUUGCUCCUACUUUAUUCUUCUAUAAUUCUAAAAUCAAUUUCUCAACUCCAUUUAUUGAUAAAUAGAUAGAAAACAAAUUCUUAAAAUUAAAUAAGUAUAAAAUACCAUAAGAUUAUCAAUAUGAUAUAAAUAAUUUAUUUAUCCAAAUCCUCGCGUUUUUAACAUUAAUACAAUUUCUUAAGGCUAUAUUAAACAUUUCCUCUAGUAUUGUAUUAUCACAAGCUUCACAACAAGCCCCUAAUUAGCCAAUUUGA